AUGGCAAACAAUCCCGUUGCUAUGGACGCCAGCCUGUCCAGCCUGAACUCUGUCGACAAUGACACAUCCGCAACAUCCAGCGCACACGUAGAUUCCCAAGCAUCCAAAUGGACUUCAGCAUCUACUUCGCUAACAGCAUCACCUACGCAGUCUAGAGACCCGUCACCAGCACGUCUUACGGUUAAAACGGGACGGAUGAACCGCGGUUCGACAACUCCCGCGAGGUCACGCAAGAAUAGUUUUCAGGACCCAAGCCCCUCUAGAUCUAGAUCUAACAUCCCUACACCGUCUACGACCCCACGACAAAUUUCCUCAGCCACGACCCCUUCGCUCCCGCCUCCUUCAAACUCCGAGCCUAUAUUACGAACACCUGUUCCGCAGAAGGCGCCUGCUCCAUCAGAGUUAUCCAAAGAUUCACCCCGGUGGCCCAUAUCUCCUCGACUGAGAUCCCCGCCCCCUAACAUCGGCCGACCAGUAGUAGGAGGUAGUUCGUCGUCACGAAGAAGCGAUCAAGAAGCACCUCUCAUCAAUGUUCAGCGAGCAACCCCUUCGCCUCAUGUGGAAUCCGCUUCGCAAUCUACGUCCGACAACGAGGUUGAAGAACAAUAUCUGUCAUCUGGUAUGAGAACUCCUGCUCGUGGGCCUAGCAAUGGCUCGUCAACUCUAGAGACGGUCCAGGAGAUCAGCCAACCGAAUACUCCGCGACCAGGCCUGGACCUUGCUAUUGAAAAGCUUGCCGAAACCGCCGAAUCCCAGUCGUCUACUCAAACCAAAGGAUCCGGAGCAAUUACCAAGAAACCCAGCAUUAGCCAUACCGCAACGAAUAGUGGCGAAAGCGGUAGUGAUGGUGGAAAUGUAAGGCGAAAUCCUAGAAGGACGAGCAGUACAGCUCCCACACCCUCGCUCCAUAGCCGACAUUCUAGCACGGCCCUCAAAUUUAGCGGCAAGGGACCAACUACCGCCGAGAGUUCGUCCCGGAAUAUGACAGUCGAAACAGAGCAGAUCAGUAACCUCCCAGGCUUGUCAAUUGCCCCAAAUGCGAGAGGCCAGGGAACAAAUGGCAGUCUCAGAACAAAGCCAAGCUCUGAGACCAUCAAACCUAGGAAGGAGAAGAAGAAGCAUCCCAGAAAAGCCACCUCUGUUGCUUCUGGAAAUGGUGAGAACCCUCCCCACAAGCUCCGACAUAGCUGCUCGAGGAGAUCUAUUGUAUCUCGCCGCUCCCCAGGCAAAGCGUACGGUCAAGGAUCGUAUGUGGAUGAAAUUAGUUCGAUUAAUCAGCAGCGGCCAGUGCUGCAAAUGGCUAUGAGUGUGACAAGCCAAAUGUCAAGUUUGCUAACCAGAGGAUCUUCUAUAGCAUCCUCCAAGGCAGAUAUCUUCGAAGCCAAAGUUGCUAGCGCGGUGGAGGAGGCUAACUCUUCAGACUCGGACGAGACUUUCGUUUACGAUUCUAACCCACCAGAAGUGGCCGACCGCCCUCGUCGGUAUCACUCACGCACCCCCAGUGCAACUUCUAUGGCCAGUCAGGUCGAUCGCAAUGGCUUGCGUUCGAUGACAGGCAUGAUAGACAGCAGCCAACCUACUUUACCGGUUAAGAAGAACAUGAAAUUUGUGAAUACUUACACUGGUAGUGGGAAUGAGGCCUCGUAUGACGACGAUGGCCGAGGCACAGGCCGGAGUAACGUUGGCUCUGCACGAGGAACCACCCGGCAUCAUCACCCUGGUCGUUGGGGAAGGAAUAAUGGCAACAAUCACCUUUCGCUAUUCGACAAUGAAUCUCCAUUCCCUAACGCCGCCAGGUCCAAGUUACCUAAUAAUAAUCCUAGACAGUCAUCUAAUCCCACAAGUCCGAGAUUUGGUACAGCUCGAGGAUGGGCAUCCAACAAAAGACAACUGACGUUGCCUGGCGGCUAUGAAAUUGACGAUACAACUACUGGCGCCGAUGACGAGAGGACUCCGCUCCUCUUGAGCGGCACCACCAGAUCUAUCCGAUCCACCCGGAGUCGACGCAAUCCGUACCCAAGAAAUCUCGAGGCCCAAAAUUAUCAACAGAAUCCAUCAUUCCUCAACCGAUUUGCAAGCUGCUUGGUUCUUACUAUAAUGCUACUAGUUGUCCUCUCAGGAGCGCUCGGGUUCAUGUUUGCGACAUCCCAACCGCUCAGUGCGGUUGAGCUGGUGAAGAUUGACAAUGUUCUAGCCAGCGAACAGGAAUUAAUGAUGGACAUCACCGUGAAAGCACACAAUCCGAACGUUGUCGUUGUGAUGAUCGAUUCGGCCGACCUCGAGAUAUUUGCGAAAUCCCCACACGCCGGUACCGAUUCGGAAUGGUGGCGGCAUCCUAAUGGGGAUGAGUUUGGCAUUCUCGAUGAUCCUAAAAAUGAUCCACCGGUUGUUAAGUUGCCAGGCGAUGACGACGAUGACGAACCCCCCGAAGAUAAUUCGCCGAAUAUGCGUCUCGGAAAUGUCAUCACUUUCGACAGCCCUUUAACUUACGAAGGGUCGUUUUUCCAGUCUGGCAUUUCCACCUCUACUGGCUCGCUUCGUUUAAGCCGGCCCGGAAAUGGCACCGACAGUGGCACCCAGCGAUGGGAGCGCAUCAUCGCAGACGAGUUCACCUUGAUUGUCAAGGGUGUUUUGAAAUACACAUUACCCCUUAGUCAGAGGGUUAGAAAUGUGGCCAUCUCCGGCAAGACGCUCGUUAAAUCCAAUUCCGCGAAUAAUCCGUCUCUACGACCUAAUGAGACAGAGAUCGCAAUUGGAUGA